ACAUAUACGUGUUUCUCUGUUAGAAGAACUCUCCAGUAGAGUAUUAAUUGUUAUUGAAGAAUGAUAGAGCUCAAAAGGCACAUAAAAAAUGGGGAAAAUCAAUACUUUAUUAGCAAAAAUUUGACUAAUUACGAAGUUUUGGCCUCGAAUUCAGUUCCCUAUAAACCCAAAUUCAAUUUUGCCCCUUCUUCUCCUGGAAUCCCGCUUUCUGAUCUACCUUCAGCUUCAUUCUCCAUUAAUUGCCCAUUAUUAAAAUAUUCCCCAUUGUUUUCCACUGCCCCAUGUCUUCUUCUAUUGCCUAUAAGUUUUUUUUCAGAUCCACGCUUUCCAUUUGCUUUGCGUACUCUUCAAAAAGCACUCUAUUUCUCCUCUCACGCCUUUUCCGUGAACUUUUUUGCUCCAUCCAGGUGUUUGAAGCAUUAUUCGGAAUCUAAAUUUACGAUGUGGGGUUGCUUAAUUUAUUAUCAAAAGGGUAUUUUAAGCUGGUGUUCUUAUAUAUAGUGGCUGAGAUUGGAAAAAUAAUUUGUGGGAUUAGGAGAUUUUUCGUUCUUGAUUUGGAAUCUGGAAGCUUCUGAAGAUUUAAGGGUUGAUUCAAUGUCCUCUGUGGUUAAGUUGGAAUCCGUUAUAUGUCAGAAUGGCGAGGAGCCAGAUUAUACAUCUGUAAAUGGGAAGGUGGCAUUUGCCAAAAGAUUAAAUGUAGUGCGCAAAAUUCUUGAGGGAUUUCGUAGGCAAGGAGAUUGGUCGGCUAUCAAGACAUCAAUAGGUGCAGUUCAAAGAGUAGCUAGCAACAGGUAUUCCAAAAGUAAUCGAGCUGUGGAUACAGAAGAAAAAAGGGAAAAUGGAUCUGGAAGAAAUUCUGGCCCUCUUUUGUCUGGAACUGCAUAUUGCCUUUCUUCUUGUUGCAUGAUCAUGCUGAACAAAAUUGUCCUUUCAAGUUAUUCAUUCAAUGCUGGGGUCUCAUUGAUGUUUUACCAGAAUCUUAUCAGUACUCUUAUAGUCUGUAUAUUGGGUUGCUCUGGAGCAGUUACAGUGGAGAAGCUCAAUUGGAAGCUAAUUAAAGUUUGGAUCCCCGUGAAUUUGAUCUUCAUUAGCAUGCUUGUUUCAGGCAUGUAUAGUUUGAAAUACAUAAAUAUUGCAAUGGUGACUAUUCUGAAGAAUGUGACAAAUAUUUUAACAGCUAUUGGAGAGUUGUAUAUUUUUGGGAAGCGGCAGAAUCAGAAAGUGUGGACCGCCAUGUUUGUUAUGAUUAUCUCUGCUGUAUCUGGAGGUAUAACAGACCUCUCAUUUGAUGCUACAGGGUAUGCUUGGCAAUCAAUUAAUUGCAUUCUCACAGCAAGCUACUCACUCACAUUGCGACGUGUCAUGGACAGAGCAAAGCAAUUUACAAAAUCUGGAUCUCUUAAUGAAGUUUCCAUGGUGUUACUGAACAAUGGGAUAUCUAUACCUUUUGCUAUCAUCUUGAUCUUCCUGUUCGAUGAAUGGCGUUACGUAAUUAAUGCGGAUGUAAUUAAGAUUCCAAUGUUUUGGGCUGCUGCAACAGCCAGUGGGCUGCUUGGGCUAGCCAUUAGCUUCACAUCAAUGUGGUUUUUGAAACAAACUGGUCCAACCACCUAUAGUCUUGUGGGAUCCUUAAACAAGAUUCCCAUUUCUAUUGCUGGCCUUUUGGUGUUCAAGGUUCCUCUCAGUAUUCCAAAUUUAUUCAGCAUACUCUUUGGUCUACUUGCUGGAGUACUUUUUGCCAGGGCUAAGAUGUCUUGACACUAUGCUAUGUCUAUAAGUGAUUUGCAACCUGAAAUGCUUAUGUAUCAGUAAAAUCACCAAGGGAUUCACACAAGUCAUUGUAGGCAGUAGUAGCCAAAGGAAGAUUUCAUAUUUAGUUAUUAUAUAUUUGGUAUGUUAGAUGCUCAUUCAAGGGAAAUGAAGCAUAUAUCAAUUUUGGUUUUUGUGAGCAGUAAUUAUUCACUUCAGUCAUCUGAACAUCUUUCUUGGAAUAUAGUUCAAAUACUGAAAA